AUGUGUUGCGGUGACUUCAAUGAGAUUCUGUCUGUGAACGAAAAAAGUGGUCCUCGUCUUCGCUCUAUCGGUCAUCCUUUGACCUGGAUGAACAACUGCGAAGAUGACGUCAGUGUUCAAGCUCAAUUAGACAGAGGAUUUGGUAAUUUAGCCUUGCUUCACCAGUGGGGCAAUUUCACCAUCUACCAUCUUUCGGCAUAUUCUUAUGAUCAUUACCCAAUUUUUCUCCUCCUUGACUCACGACCUAGUGUUGAUGUUUGGCGUCGUCAGAGUACACGUCGUUUCCAAUUUGAGGAACAAUGGACAACUGGCGAAGACUGUGAAAGAAUAAUUCAAGAAGGGUGGCAUUGUCAGGAAUCUCCUACGACUAAUCUUGCUAUUUGUGCUAAGUGCCUCUCGAAAUGGAAAAGUCAAAAAUUCAGUCAUAUGAAUUCCAAAAUUCAGUCUCCGCUUACCUCUUGGCUUCCUUUCAAACUAUUGCCCCUUCUGAAGUCAUUCUCCAGAGCAAGAAAUUGGUUGCAAAUGAGCUCAACAGGUUACUGGAACUCAAUGAAUUAUAUUAGAGCCAAUGUUAUAGUGUCAAUUGGCUGCAAGCUGAGUGAUCCCGUGAAGAUUGGUGUUGUUGUAGUUCACGACUACUAUGAUCAUCUCUUUUCUUUUGCAGACACAACUAUGAGUAAUGAAAUUUUUCAGGCUGUCUCUACCUAA